AUGUCGGUCCCAAAUCCAUUACUAAAUAUUUUCAUCAGUGUUGACACAGAUGCUUCUGGUAAAAUCAGUUCUGAUGAAUUGCAACGUGCACUAUCAAAUGGUACUUGGAACCCGUUUAAUCCUGAGACUUGCCGAUUAAUGAUAAGUAUGUUUGAUUCUGAUCACGAUGGAGCCAUUAAUUUUGAUGAAUUUUCUGCUUUAUGGAAUUACAUCAAUCAGUGGACACAAUGUUUUCGUUCCUUUGAUGUGGAUGGUUCCGGGAAUAUUGACAAACGAGAAAUGUCGCUGGCUCUUUCGCAAUUCGGAUAUCGUUUAAGUGAUCGAUUCAUAGACUUACUGAUGACGAAAUUUGAUAGGACACACACGCAUCGCAUUAAUUUUGACGACUUCAUCCAACUAUGUGUCGUCCUGCAAACAUUGACAGCAGCAUUCCGCGACAAAGACUCGGAUCGAGAUGGUUUUAUUACUAUUGGAUAUGAAGAAUACCUCUUUAUGGUAUUCACUUCACAAAUAUGA